AUGGCUUGUGCAACUAGAGGUGGUACAAGUAGAGGUGGUGGUAGAAAGAGGGAUCCUAUGUGGAAACAUGUCACACCAGGUGCAGUGGCAGGAGAGGUUAUUUGUAACCAUUGCACGAAAAUUAUGACCGGUGGCAUAUACCGACUCAAAAUUCACCUUGCACAAAUCAGUGGACAAAAUAUUACGGUAUCUAACAAUUGCCCUGAAGAGGUUCAAAGGGAGGCAAAAGCAAGGCUUUCAGAAUUUAAGCAAAAGAAGGUAGAAAAAAAGAGGACAGCAGAGGCAAUGGCAGCCCCAUUGUGGAAUAUCACUUCUACAGAGUCUGAAAAAUUUUGGGGUGGGCAGCAAUACAUCUGUAUUAUUGAGAGUCCAUAUUGGGAGCAAAUGGUCAGUGGAUUGACCAAUUCUGGUAAGGGGUUCAAGUCCCCAAGUCGUUAUGAGUUGAGUGGGCCAUUAUUGCAGGAUGAGGUCCAAAACACACAUCAGCUGGUGGAACAACAAAGGAGGAAUUGGGAAAGGAAUGGCUGCACCAUUUUAUCUGAUGGGUGGACGGAUAGUAGGAAUAGGACACUCAUAAACUUUCUAGUUGCUUCAGGGGGACAGGUGGUAUUUUUAAAAUCGAUUGAUGCCUCAGAUCAAGUGAAGAAUGCAAAAACCUUGUGCAACACGUUGGAUGAGGUGGUGACCGAAGUGGGAGUGCAGAAUGUUGUUCAGGUUGUGACCGAUAAUGCAGCUGCAUGUGUGGCAGCCUGUAAACUUCUACAGGCUAGGCAUCCGUCAUUAUUUUGGAGUCCUUGUGCUGCUCAUUGCCUUGAUUUACUCCUCGAGGACAUAGGGAAACUUAGAGUCACACGUUUUGCCAUGAAUUUCCUCAACUUACAGAGCAUAUUACAUGCAUUGCCCAACCUGAAGAGGAUGUUUGUGAGUGAAAGAUGGUUGCAAAGCCCUUAUUGUAGGAAGCCUGAAGCAGAGAACGUCGUGAAGGCCUUGUCAGAACCGUUGGUGAGGGUUCUACAGAUGGUGGAUGGCGAUAAAAGCCCCAUAGGGUAUCUAUAUGAGGCCAUGGGUAAGGCCAAAGAGGCAAUUCAGCACUUGUAUGGGUCAGAGAGGACUAAAUAUGAGCCCAUAUGGCGCAUAAUUGAUCGAAGGUGGAACCGACAACUCCACCAACAUAUCCAUGUUGCUGCCUACUAUUUGAACCCCAAGUUCUUUUACUCCCGCAGUUUCAAAAUAGAUCAGGAGGUUCAACUUGGCCUUGACACAUAUAUUCAAAGGUUGGUUCUUGAUGAAAAUAUUCAAGACUUCAUUGUUGAUGAGUUGCAGAGGUUGACUCAGAAGCACUUGAAUGACCUUGUAUAUGUGCGGUACGACCUUCGACUGCAUGAAAAGAGGGUACAAGGAAACAAUUCAUAUGACGCACUUGACAUUGAUGAGAUUGAUCCAUACACAGCGGAUUGGAUUGCUAAACCUGAUGUUGCUACUGGUGAUAUUGAUGUGGAUGCAUUUAUCACUGACGCUCAGUUAGAUGAGAUGGAGAGGGAGGCAGCUGAAUGGGCGGCAAAGGUGGCAGAACGUGAGGAGGCGGGAGAUGAGUUUGUUGAUCCAGAAGAGGCAGAUUCAUCACCGGUUGAGGAUAUUGCAGCAGCAACAGCUGCUGCUGCAACACCAUCUACUUCAGCACCCACUCAGCGGCAACAAAGUUUUUUGAGCUUUAGUCGCAAACGCAAUCUAUGA